AUGCCUAUGACAAAGAGUGCGGAAGAUCCCCAGGGAGCCGUCGCCCUCAAACUGGACCUUAUGUCAUCUCCCAAAAGUGCCAAGAAGCUGCAGAACAAGGACUCCAGUUUCUUGAAUGGGAACCCUUCAGAGUCACCAAACUUGGAGAAGACCAAGAGUAUAACAGGGUUCCAGACCUUGGUUCACCUGGUGAAAGGCAACAUGGGCACGGGGAUCCUGGGACUACCCCUGGCCAUGAAGAACGCAGGCAUCCUGAUGGGCCCACUCAGUCUGCUGGUGAUGGGCUGCAUCGCCUGCCACUGUAUGCACAUCCUGGUCAGGUGUGCCCAGCGCUUCUGCCACAGGCUUAACAAGCCCUUCAUGGACUAUGGGGAUACAGUGAUGCACGGACUGGAGGCCAGCCCCAGCGCCUGGCUCCGGAACCAUGCGCACUGGGGAAGGCACAUGGUGAGCUUCUUACUUAUUAUCACCCAGAUGGGCUUCUGCUGUGUGUACAUUGUGUUUCUGGCUGACAAUUUAAAACAGGUAGUGGAAGCCAUUAAUGGCACAACCAACAACUGCCAUUACAAUGAGACAGUGGUUCCAACUCCCACCAUGGACUCACGGCUCUACAUGCUCAGCUUCCUGCCCGUCCUGGUGCUGCUGGUCUUCAUCCGGAACCUCCGAGUCCUGUCCAUCUUCUCCAUGUUUGCCAACAUCAGCAUGCUGGUCAGCUUGAUUAUCAUCACCCAGUACAUCGCCCAGGGAAUUCCAGACCCCAGCAAGUUGCCACUGGUAGCAAGCUGGAAGACCUACCCUCUCUUCUUUGGAACAGCCAUUUUUUCAUUUGAAAGCAUUGGUGUGGUUCUGCCCCUGGAAAAUAAGAUGAAGGAUGCCCGCCGCUUCCCAGCCAUCCUGUCUUUGGGAAUGUCCAUCAUCAUCGCCCUGUACAUCAGCAUCGGGACUCUGGGCUACCUGCAGUUUGGAGAUGACAUCAAGGCCAGCAUAACCCUUAACCUGCCCAACUGCUGGUUGUAUCAGUCGGUCAAUCUCCUCUACAUCCUUGGUGUCCUAUGCACCUACUCCCUGCAGUUCUAUGUCCCUGCAGAAAUCAUUGUCCCCUUCGCCCUCUCCAAUGUGUCAAAGCGCUGGGAACUGCCUCUGGACCUGUCCAUCCGCCUCGCCAUGGUCUGCCUGACAUGCAUCUUGGCCAUCCUCAUCCCCCGCCUGGACCUGGUCCUCUCCCUGGUGGGCUCCAUGAGCGGCAGCUCCCUGGCUCUCAUCAUCCCACCCCUCCUGGAGAUCACCACCUACUACUCGGAGGGCAUGAGCCCCCUCACCAUCACCAAGGACGCCCUGAUCAGCAUCCUGGGCUUCGUGGGCUUUGUGGCAGGGACCUAUGUGGCCCUCGACGACCUGAUGAAGUCGGGAGAUGCUCUCAGCUUUUCCAACUCCACCACUUUUAUUCAGUGA